GUGACAUGUAACAUAUUUCACUCCGAUACUUAAAUUAAUACACACACGAAAGAGAGAACGCGGAAAGAUUCAGAAACAGAACGACUCAGUUAUUCUCUUCCCCGAGACCGAGUCCGACUCGGUGGGUGAAGAAGGCCAACUCAGUAACCUUCCUUCCUUUACAAUUUACAGAUACACCAUUUAACCAUUUUCCCCGCCCACAAAACACAGACACUGACACACACUACACACGCGAGGGAGAGAUAGAGAGAGAAGCAUCAGUGUCGGGAGGUCGAGACGCAAAGUGCAUUUCCCAAUACGACGGGCACCGUCGCGACGUUUUCACUUUCCAGCCGUUUUCGGAUCCGUCGUCGUCUUCUUCUUCAUUCAGGUGGUUGAGAAUCCCAAGACACAGAGCUGGAGCCGCUACAAGAUCCCAAGCAAUUGAAGGCUCAUCUAGCUUAAUAGCUUUGAUGUGUACACUGGGCCAUGGGCCAGGUCUAUCAAACACUUUCGUACACUGCUUCUGAUAUGAACAUCACUUGGGUGAUCAACUAGCUUUGCAGUUCUUUGGGUCAUUUUCACAAACACCUUACGCUCAAUGGUUUAGAACCGAAGAAAAUUGCACAAUCUUAUUUUGGACUCUGUCCAAUUUCCCAUAGAGUAAAGGGCUUUGCUUAUUUAUCAAUCAUGGUCAGAAUCAUACCAAACCUACCGCUUUUCUCUGUUGUGUUGCAACGCUUCAGCUAUAAUUCAUUUGCUGUUAAUCACUGUCAUCAUAUAGUUGAACUGCCACUUAAGAGUAGUGUAUUCAAUUUCCUUAACCCUUUGAACGCUGAAACAUUUUUAGCUCCUUCAAGAUUUGGUUUCUCCUUCAGCCCCUUUUCUGCUUCUUCAAUCAGAAGCCUAGGGAUUUCAACUGAUGCCCCUGCACAUGGAUUGGAUGAGGCCAUGAGUGAUGAUGAUACGGAUGAGGAUGAUGGUACCCAUUGUAGUCAGUUACAUUUAAAGGAUUAUGGUCUUGCCCAAGAUGUUAAAACCAUUUUGGAUAUAAUGCAUGAGUCAGGUUAUGGAGCAUCUAAAAUCAAGCAAAAGCUUGAGCAUUGCAGUGUUAUGCCAUCAUCAGAACUUGUAGUGGAGAUCCUUUCAAGGACUCGCAAUGAUUGGGAUGUUGCUUUCACCUUUUUCUUGUGGGCUGGCAAGCAACUGGGAUAUGCUCAUUCGGCUCGCGAGUACAAUUCCAUGAUCUCUAUCCUUGGCAAAAUGAGGAAGUUUGAUACUGCUUGGACCUUGAUUGAGGAAAUGAGAGGAGGUAGAAUGGGUCCAUCUCUUGUCACUUCACAAACUCUGUUGAUUAUGAUCAGGAGAUACUGUGCUGUACAUGAUGUUGCAAGGGCUAUCAAUACUUUCUAUGCUUAUAAACGAUUUGACUUUCAAGUUAGGCUGGAAGAAUUUCAAAGUCUCCUUUCUGCCCUAUGCCGGUACAAGAAUGUGGAAGAUGCCGAGCACUUACUGUUCUGCAACAAAAAUGUGUUCCCAUUUGACACCAAAAGCUUUAACAUCAUUCUGAAUGGAUGGUGUAAUAUGAUUGUUAGCACUCGUCAUGCAGAAAGAAUUUGGCAGGAGAUGAGCAAGAGAGGAAUCCAACAUGACGUUGUCUCAUAUGCAAGUAUCAUAUCUUGCUAUUCAAAAUCUUCUAAACUUUAUAUGGUGCUCAGGCUGUUUGAUGAGAUGAAGAAAAGGAGGAUCACUCCAGAUAGGAAGGUUUAUAAUGCGGUCAUUUAUGCUCUAGCAAAGGUUGGGCUUGUGAUAGAAGCUGUCAAUCUCGUUGGAACAAUGGAAGACAACAAUGUCACUCCAGAUGUUGUUACUUACAACUCCCUGAUCAAACCUCUCUGCAAAGCUCGCAAAAUUGAUGAAGCUAAAGAAAUUUUUGAUCAGAUGUUGAAGCGCUCCCUAUCCCCAACAAUUCAGACUUUCCAUGCUUUCUUCCGUAUAUUGAGGACCAAGGAAGAAGUAUUUGAGCUUUUAGACAAAAUGAGAGAGCUGAGAUGUUACCCUAUCACUGAGACUUAUAUAAUGUUGAUAAGAAAAUUUUGCCGCUGGCGUCAGCUUGAUGAUGUAUUUAAGUUAUGGGAUGUGAUGAGGGAAGAUGGAAUCAGCCAUGAUCGUAGUUCUUACAUUGUGCUGAUUCAUGGGCUGUUUCUGAAUGGAAAACUGGAGGAAGCUUACAACUAUUAUACAGAUAUGCAAGAGAAAGGCUUCCUCCCCGAGCCAAAGACAGAAAAAAUGCUUCAGGCAUGGGUUUCUGGGAGACAGGUAACAGAGACUCAGGCAACAGAUUUAGAACACAAUCAAUUGGAACAAGACACUCUUAGAAAGAAAGUCAAGGCCGUACCCAGCAAAUUUGAUAGGGAAAAAGCUUUUCUUCGCCAACCUGAGACCAGAAGAGUAACAAGAGAACGGGGCUUUUCUUUCUGGGAGCAGUAAAUCUAUAAAGAGCUCUCAUGACACUUGCAAAGAUGAUGAAGCAUACUUCAAAUUUGAUAGUAUACUCUGCACAGGUGAAUGACAUGCUCUUUUCUCGGUGUAUGUUCAGACAUGCACUGUCUUGCCCUAAGCAAGAGUUGCAAGGCGCUUGGUGCUGUGGGUGGUGCAAUGGCGAUUAUGGAGGUGAUUCCUACCAAGUACAAGCACAUGAUUGGAGGGCCUUCUUUGAAAGUUGACUUGCAUACUGGGGCUGUUGCUGAGGGGGUGUUGACUUUUUUUAUUACCUUUGCUGUACUCUUCAUCAUUCUUAGGGGUCCUGGUAGUGAUUUGUUGAAGACUUGGUUGCUGGCAACCGCGACCGUCACUUUGGUUAUGGUUGGAUCUGCUUACACCGGGCCAGCCAUGAAUCUUGCCAAUGCCUUUGGUUGGGCAUACUUAAACAAUUGGCACAACACAUGGGACAAAUUUUAUGUAUAUUGGAUUUGCCCCUUUACUGGAGCAAUAUUGGCUGCUUGCUGUUCCGUGCUUUCCCCCACCAUCGCCUCAAAUCAAACAGAAGAAAGCCUGAUAAGGGAUAGUAGAUUUGGGUCUUCAUGCAUCGCAAUUCUUAAGCACCAUGCUACUAUAUUAAGAACCCCUUUUACAUUAUAUAAUAAUUUCCUCAUCAUUCUCUCUUCUGUUUCUGAUCUUUUGAUAAAUCAUGUUUGUUCGGCGCAAAAUCAAAUGUUAUAAGUUAGGGAGAAAUUACUGGGUUAUGUUUGGCCCAUAUAUUCGGUAUCCACUUAGAAAAAUUAUAUAGAAGUUUAGUAUCUGAAUUGGAUACUGACUUGAUUCAUCU